UUUUGAAUUUGAAUGUCAAAUUUGAACGUCAAAUUGUUUGUGUGCGAAAAUGGCGUCUAAGGAAUCGCUGGAUCAUGGCCGCUCCGACUCAUACCGUGUCGCCACCGUCGCACCCGUUAAGGACGAUAAUAGAACCGCAGACGGACAGUACAAGACACGCCGGAAACCCCCCGCGAAAAAACGGAAACCAGGAGAUUUAGAUGACCUAAAACAGGAAUUAGACAUCGACUAUCACAAAGUAACACCCGAGGAACUUUACCAAAGAUUUCAAACACACCCUGAAAAUGGUCUCAGCCAUGCGAAAGCGAAAGAGAACCUGGAAAGGGACGGUCCAAAUGCACUCACUCCACCUAAACAGACGCCCGAGUGGGUGAAAUUUUGUAAAAAUCUAUUCGGCGGCUUUGCGUUACUACUGUGGAUCGGUGCUAUUCUAUGCUUUAUUGCAUACGGAAUUCAGGCGAGUACCGUUGAAGAACCCGCGGACGACAACUUGUACCUUGGCAUCGUGUUGGCGGCUGUCGUCAUCGUUACCGGCAUAUUCUCGUACUACCAGGAAAGCAAGUCCUCUAAGAUCAUGGAAUCCUUCAAGAACAUGGUGCCACAGUUCGCCACAGUCAUCCGUGAAGGUGAAAAACUGACGCUCCGCGCUGAGGACCUGGUGCUUGGUGAUAUUGUUGAAGUUAAAUUCGGCGAUCGAAUUCCCGCUGAUAUCCGUAUCAUCGAGGCCCGCGGCUUCAAAGUAGACAAUUCCAGUUUGACCGGCGAGUCGGAGCCCCAGUCCCGCGGCCCCGAGUUCACCAACGAGAACCCACUUGAGACCAAGAACCUGGCUUUCUUCUCCACCAACGCUGUAGAGGGCACCGCUAAAGGCAUCGUCAUUUGCUGCGGAGAUAACACGGUAAUGGGACGUAUCGCUGGUCUGGCUUCCGGUCUGGACACGGGAGAGACGCCCAUCGCCAAGGAGAUCCACCACUUCAUCCACCUGAUCACCGGCGUCGCCGUCUUCCUCGGCGUCACUUUCUUCAUCAUUGCCUUUAUCCUCGGCUACCACUGGCUUGAUGCUGUUAUCUUCCUUAUCGGUAUUAUCGUAGCCAACGUACCUGAAGGUCUACUGGCCACGGUAACUGUCUGCCUGACCCUCACUGCCAAGAGGAUGGCGUCCAAGAACUGCCUGGUCAAGAACUUGGAGGCCGUCGAGACCCUCGGCUCCACGUCUACCAUCUGCUCCGACAAGACCGGCACCCUCACGCAGAACAGGAUGACCGUCGCCCACAUGUGGUUUGACAACCAGAUCAUCGAAGCUGACACCACUGAGGAUCAAUCUGGAGUACAAUAUGACCGCACUAGCCCUGGAUUCAAGGCCCUCGCUAAGAUCGCAACCCUGUGCAACCGCGCCGAGUUCAAAGGUGGUCAGGACGGAGUCCCCAUCCUCAAGAAGGAAGUCGCUGGUGAUGCUUCGGAAGCUGCUCUGCUCAAGUGCAUGGAACUGGCCCUCGGUGACGUCAUGUCUAUCAGGAAACGUAACAAGAAAGUCUGCGAGAUUCCCUUCAACUCGACCAACAAGUACCAGGUGUCUAUCCAUGAGAGCGAUGAUCCCAGCGAUCCUCGUCAUCUGCUGGUGAUGAAGGGCGCACCCGAAAGGAUUCUGGAACGCUGCAGCACUAUCUUUAUCGGUGGCAAGGAAAAGGUUCUGGAUGAGGAAAUGAAGGAGGCUUUCAAUAAUGCGUACCUGGAGCUGGGCGGUCUUGGUGAGCGCGUGCUGGGCUUCUGCGACCUGCAGCUGCCCUCCGACAAGUACCCCAUCGGAUACAAGUUCAACACGGAUGACCCCAACUUCCCCCUCGACAACCUGCGCUUCGUCGGCCUCAUGAGUAUGAUUGACCCCCCGCGUGCUGCCGUGCCCGACGCCGUCGCCAAGUGCCGCUCCGCCGGUAUUAAGGUAAUCAUGGUGACUGGUGACCACCCCAUCACCGCGAAGGCCAUCGCCAAGUCUGUGGGCAUCAUCUCGGAGGGCAACGAGACGGUGGAGGACAUCGCGGCGCGCCUCAACAUCCCCGUGUCGGAAGUGAACCCGCGCGAGGCCAAGGCCGCCGUCGUGCACGGCACAGAGCUCAGGGAACUCAACUCUGACCAACUUGAUGAGAUUCUCAAGUUCCACACGGAGAUUGUGUUCGCGCGGACCUCCCCGCAACAGAAGCUGAUCAUCGUGGAAGGAUGCCAACGUCUGGGUGCUAUCGUGGCUGUCACCGGCGACGGUGUCAAUGACUCUCCUGCCUUGAAGAAAGCUGAUAUCGGAGUUGCCAUGGGUAUCGCCGGAUCUGAUGUCUCCAAACAAGCCGCUGACAUGAUUCUCCUUGACGAUAACUUCGCUUCGAUUGUAACUGGCGUGGAGGAAGGCCGCCUCAUCUUCGAUAACCUCAAGAAGUCCAUCGCCUACACCCUCACCUCCAACAUCCCCGAGAUCUCACCCUUCCUGGCGUUCAUCCUCUGCGACAUUCCUCUGCCCCUCGGCACUGUUACCAUCCUCUGCAUCGAUCUUGGAACUGACAUGGUGCCCGCCAUUUCCCUGGCUUACGAGGAGGCCGAAUCUGACAUUAUGAAGCGACAGCCGCGUAACCCUUUCACUGAUAAACUCGUUAACGAGAGGCUGAUCUCGAUGGCGUACGGUCAGAUCGGGAUGAUCCAAGCCGCUGCUGGUUUCUUUGUAUACUUCGUGAUCAUGGCUGAGAACGGAUUCCUGCCUCUCAAACUGUUCGGCAUCAGGAAACAGUGGGACUCCAAGGCUAUCAACGAUCUCACCGACUCCUAUGGACAGGAAUGGACCUACCGCGACCGCAAAGCGCUUGAGUUUACCUGCCACACCGCCUUCUUCGUGUCCAUCGUAGUGGUGCAGUGGGCCGAUCUGAUCAUCUGCAAGACCCGCCGCAACUCCAUCGUGCACCAGGGCAUGCGCAACUGGGCCCUCAACUUCGGUCUCAUCUUUGAAACCGCCCUCGCCGCAUUCCUCUCCUACACACCCGGCAUGGACAAGGGUCUGCGGAUGUACCCACUCAAGUUCGUGUGGUGGCUGCCCGCCAUUCCGUUCAUGCUGUCGAUCUUCAUCUACGACGAGAUCCGGCGCUUCUACCUGCGCCGCAACCCCGGCGGCUGGCUGGAGCAGGAGACGUACUACUAAGCUGGCAGCGGCCUCGCCCGCGCCGCCCGCAGCCGCGCCUCGCCUGCCUCCGCAUCCUCACCCUGACGGAGCGCCGGGGCCGCGGCCGUAGCAAUUCGCGCGCUUCUCACCGCUUGUACCGCCGCCGACCGCCCGCCCCGCCCCGCCGCCCGCCGCCGCGCCCUCGCCCCGCCGCGCCCUCACCGCGCCCUCACCCCGCCCGCGCCCUCACCCGCGCCCUCGCCGCCUUUCACGAACUUAUAUGUAUAUAUGCACCGUGGAGAGUUUGAUAUUUGUGAUGUUAUUUAAAAAUGGAACAUGUAUUAUUUGGAAGUUGUGAAUCAUGUUACUUUAGCAUUGUGAUCGUUUGUAAUCUCAGUCGCAUAGGAAUCUCCGAGCGCCGGCGGGCGCGGCGCGGCGCGGCGAGCGGCCGACAAGUACCCAUCGUUCGGUUCGCCCUCACUAAUCGUAUAAGAUAGAGUUAAUAACUAAAUUGUUUUUCACAUACUUAUAAAAUAAGUAAUAAAAAAUAUCGUCUAGGCAGUUAGGGGAGGGAGGUUCGCCUCGCGCGCGCGCAGCGGCCGCGCCGCGCCGCGCCCGUGCCCGGCGGACAACGAAAGCAUUUGUUGUAAUGUUACAAUUAAGAGCCAUUAUUAUUAUUUAAGUGGACUUUAGAUUAAGUUGGAUUUUUCGAGUGGAUAAUCGUUUUGUUGAAGAUUCGGUGGGGUGCAUGGCGUGUGAAAGGUCGAUGUGGAGUGCCUGAGUCUUAGUGUACUACCGCUUACUGUUAGGUAGGUAGUUGAAAUUUUGAUGCCGUAUUUUGAAUCGUAAACGUAGAUUAAAGCGAAGCGCGAGACGCCGCGGCGCCCGACCCGGGGCUCCGCCAGCCCCCGGGGCUCCACCUGCGCCCGCGCGCCCUCGCGCGCUCGCGUGACGCUUUUACUUUUCUAAAAUAAUCACAUUAUUAGAUUUUGUCAAACUUAUAAAAUAGGCUGCUCAUCGGUAGCCGCGUAAGAUUUGAUUUCUUAAUUAAAUGAUAAUAAACAAAUUGUAGGGAUGCGUAAUUAGAAAUUUUUAAAAUUAUACCGUUAUGAUAGUGUGAUGCGAGUCGUUGCGCUCCCGCCCGGCGCCCCUGCGCCCGCGCCCCGCGCCCCGCGCCCCGCGCCCCGCGCCGCUCCGCAGGAGGGCCCGGCGAGGCGACUUUCAAUUUUUCGUAACAAAUACAUAUAACAUUAUAAUAAUGGUUACAAAAGUAAAAUAUAACAUUAUAGCAACUAAUAAAAUCUAAAUUAUAUGAAAUGUUUAUAGAUUUAAAUGACGUUUGUUUGUUUAGGGUGACCUUCUGCGCUUGUCAUGACGCGUCGUCCAUCUCAUUGACAAUAGUUGGUCGUGAUGUUGCCGCGGCGAUGGGAUACUGUGUUGUAUGCUGUUUGUUUGUUUGUUUGUACACCGUAGGACUAACAUUGUUUUGCGUUCGACUGUUCUUUACACCGGUUCAUUUUAUAGUAUUACUCUGUUGGCUAGGAGCGCUGUAAAAAUGUAAGUGUUAAUAAAAAAAACUUUUCAAAAUA